AUGGCACCUUCUCCGUCUGUCCUGAGUUACAGGACGACUCUUACACUCNUUCUUGGCUUGGUGGGCACUUGGUGGCUCUUGUCUCACAGAUCAUCACUCGGAGGCUGGCAGUUCGAGUAUCCUCGCGAUUCUGCAAACUAUGGUCUCACGUCGCAACAAUGUGAUGCAGCCUUUCCAAACUUCUAUGGCGAUAUAGAAUCAGCAGUGCUCUCACGCAAGGGCAAUCCAAUCCGGCUUGACGAACUCGAAAUUGAGGAUGACAAAUGUCUUGUUCGGGCACUGAUCUACGAUUCCGAGCUUUUCAUUGUCCAAGGCCGAACAAACAAGAAAUGUUGGAUGCAACGCUGGCAUGAGAGAACAAGCGGUUUCCUACACAUGAUCCACCAAUCCGUUAUCACCGCGCCUCCGGGCUCCGUUCCCAACAUCGAGUUCGUGCUCGACCUCGAUGACGACCCUCAACGACCGCUGAACUUCGCGCACGGCAAAGAUUCGAACAAAACCUCGGUGUGGGGACUUACCAGACUUGCCCAUCAAAGACACAUCUGGCUUCUUCCCGAUUAUGCAUACUGGGCAUGGCCGACAGCACGCGUUGCGAGCCAUGGCCAAGUCCGCCGCAAUGUGCGUCAAGUCAAUGCUGCCUUCCCAUGGGAGAAGAAGUUCAACAAAGCCAUUUGGCGAGGGGAUGCUGGCUUGAACCAAGGUAUUCGAAACAAGCUCAUCGCUACAGCCAAAGACACAACUUGGGGAGACGUCAGAGUCUGCGACAUUUACAAUGCCGAAACCAAGCAAUAUUGCAUGACGCAAGAUCAACUCUGCCGCUACAAGUUCCCUCUCCAUACAGAGGGCUACACAUACUCUGGGCGUCUGAAGUACUUGCAGCUCUGCAACAGUGCACCUGUUGUUCACAAGUUGAAGUGGCUGGAACAUCACCAUGGGGCUAUGAUCUCCAGCGGGCCGCAGCAAAACUACAUUGAGGUCGAGGCUGAUUGGUCAGACCUUGACGAGAAGGUAAUGUCACUCCCAUGCCUGUUCACGAAAACAUCUAUACUGACAAUCAACUUUCCAGNNAUGCAAUACUACAUGGCUCAUGAGCACGAGGCCCAAAGAAUCGCCCAAAACAACUACAAGACCUUCCAUGAACGAUACUUGACACAAGCAGCAACGGCAUGUUAUUGGCGUCGUUUGUUUUCAGCAUGGGCCAGUGUUCAGGGUUUUGAGCCACAGCUGUAUGAGAUCAAUGGCCGCGGCGAGACGGUCAUGAGAGGGGUACCUUUCGAGGCUUAUUCAUUAGACGCCGAGAAGCCAAUGCCUGAGGUCUAG